CAUCGAUUUCAUUCGCCAUCGUUAUUUCAUUUGAGAAGUACUGACAGAAAAUAUGGCUCGUACCAAGCAAACUGCCCGCAAAUCUACCGGAGGAAAGGCUCCCCGUAAGCAGCUGGCCACCAAGGCUGCCCGCAAGAGCGCCCCAUCCACCGGCGGAGUCAAGAAGCCUCAUCGUUACAGGCCCGGUACCGUGGCUCUUCGUGAGAUCCGUCGCUACCAGAAGAGCACCGAGCUGCUGAUCCGCAAGCUGCCCUUCCAGCGUCUGGUCCGUGAGAUCGCCCAGGACUUCAAGACCGAGCUGCGCUUCCAGAGCGCGGCAAUCGGCGCCUUGCAGGAGGCGAGCGAAGCCUACCUCGUCGGCCUCUUCGAGGACACCAACUUGUGCGCCAUCCACGCCAAGAGGGUCACCAUCAUGCCCAAGGACAUCCAGCUAGCCCGUCGCAUCCGUGGCGAGAGAGCUUAGAAGUCUUUAACAACCUUCAAAAAACAACCCGGCUCUUUUCAGAGCCACCACAUUUUCAAAAAAGAGAUUGGAAUUCGUGUCUGAUUUUUCACAAUAAAGGCGACCAAAUUUUCUUGAAAAGGUCUUUUUACACUUGCACUUAGCCCUAUACAUUACAGGUUUCCCUUGUGUAUUUGAUAUAAAUAUAGGUACACUUUCAAUGAUGAAAUCGAUGGGUUUUUUUAAUACUAGCAAUGGGAAAAUACAUGAGGCACUUGCGUCUAACAAACGCUAUGGUGACAGUGUGGUACACAGUGUGACAGUGCAUAGCGGCAGCCAUUAUUGUGCCAUGCCAUAGAGCUAUCGUGGGUUAUGCAUGCAAGCGCAAUUAACUGCAGGUUGCGUUCCCGCGUUGCAUUAUACGCAGGCAGGCAUUCAAUGCAUGCACUGCAUAAAUUGACCUUCAAUCAAUAAAAUGACCUCAAUGGUAUUCGUAGUCUUUGUUACAGCCGGUUGCCCUUUCAUAAAGCGUUUCUUAUCUGAAUUCCAGAAGACGCUAUUUUGGAUGAAUGGCAUGAAUUUAGAUGAAUGGCAUGCCAGUAACUUUUGGGUGACAUUCUCAUCCAAAAGCUGACCUGUGCUAUAUUGGGGCAUGCAUGGCUCCAAGGCUUUUCCAUUUUUGUAGAAUGACCACUGCCAAUCACCAGUUAUACCAUGGAAUUCCUCCAUGGUUAUACUGAAUUUUCUGCAGUGCUAAACAAAUACAUUGAUAGGAUUCACAGUGCUGUUAAUGACUCCAUUCUUGGAGUCUUUAUUUGUACAAUCCUUCAACUGCAUGAAUAUCAACAUUACGAAUUUGGUUGGAGAGACAAGAACAUUCGUUCUCUAAACAACUACAAGCUUCUACCAAUCUCUCCACUUUUAAACGACUAUUUAAAUCAAACUUAAUUCAAACUUAUCAUUAAUUCAUGCCAGUAGAUAUAAUAUGUAAAUGUAGUUACAUGUAGAUUGUAGAAUAUCCAUGAUUGUAUUGCUCUUUGCUGACCUGACUAGUUUAAAUGAUCUGUAUUGUUUGUUUGUCCGAUGUUUACGUCUCAAUGUGUAUUGUGUUUAGGUAUGUUGCUUUUCUACGUACAUGUAAUUACUUUAAAUACAGCAUGCUCAUUGAGCCUCGUGUGACUGACCAUUCAAAAGUGUUCAUUGUAAGUUAAUUCCCUUCUCUUGGA